UGUAAUUUUUGGUUUGUUAAUGGCUAUGGAUGAGGAAGCACCCCUUGUUGUUGAAAUUUCGAAAAAUGAGAACUCAAUUGUGAAUCAUGAAAAGGAUGUUUAUAUUCUGAGCUCUGCUUUUUUGUUGAUUUUUUUGGCUUAUGGGGCUGCUCAGAAUCUUGAAAGCACUAUUAAUACAGAAGGAAAUUUAGGGACCAUUUCACUGGGGAUAUUGUAUUUGUCAUUUAUGUUCUGCUCAAUAUUUGCUUCAUUGGUGGUUCGGAAGCUUGGGUCGAAGAAUGCUUUGAUCCUUGGCACUACUGGCUAUUGGUUGUUUGUUGCUGCCAAUUUGAUGCCUAAUUGGUAUACCAUGGUCCCAGCUUCUUUAUACCUUGGUUUUGCUGCCUCCAUAAUAUGGGUUGGGCAGGGAACAUAUCUUACUUCCGCAGCACGCAGUCAUGCAAAUGAUCAUAUCUUAAAUGAAGCAGUUAUAAUUGGUAAAUUCAAUGGUGUAUUCUGGGGAAUGUUUGCAAGCCAUCAGUUUGUUGGAAAUCUUAUCACUCUUGCUUUGAUGAGAGACGAAGAGGGAGGAAGCACUAGUGGAACAACUGUACUUUUCUUGGUUUUUGUUUGUACUGUAACCCUUGGUGCCGUUUUGAUGUGCUUCUUAAGUAAGAGAGCUGGUAAAGAGGAGGCAAGACAGCAAGACUCCUCCGCUAGUUCCGUUUCUUCUGUGGCAACUUUGCUCAAGUCUAUCAUUACCCUUUUACAAGACAUAAGAAUGCUUUUGAUCAUCCCUCUUAUUGCAUAUUCAGGUUUACAACAAGCAUUUGUAUGGGCUGAAUUCACAAAGUAUAUCGUUCAGCCUACGAUGGGAGAGAGUGGUGUUGGUGGUGCAAUGGCCGUAUAUGGGGUUUUUGAUGCAAUUUGUUCUCUAUUGGCUGGGCAUUUUACCUUUGGUCUCUCAUCUAUCUCGAUAAUUGUCUCGGGUGGAGCUUUAGUUCAGGGUGCUGUAUUAGUAUGGAUUCUACUGGCUCACAGUGUGACUGCUGGAGCUCUCGGCAUACUAUAUCCACUUCUCGUUGCAGCCUUGUGGGGCAUAGGUGAUGGAGUCUUGAAUACCCAGCUAAGUGCAUUGCUCGGGAUACUCUUCAAGGAUGAUCUGGAAGGAGCAUUUGCCCAACUUAAGCUUUGGCAGAGCUUUGCAAUUGCCAUAGUCUUUUUCCUCGCCCCCUACAUCUCGUUGCAGACAAUGCUAGUGAUUAUGUUCGUUGCCCUUUGCUUCUCCGCUCUUGGUUUUCUUUUCUUAACUCUUAAAGUAGAAAGAGCAUUCUCAUAUCGAGCUGCCUAAGGCGAUGCCAACGAGACAUUGUCUUGUAUUGGCUAUGCUAUCGUCUUGUUCUGUAUACAUCUUGUGUUUAUAUUUGGACCUGUCCUGUGCAGUGUUUUCUGUUUCAUUGAGUUCUUAAGAAUUCCAUUUCACACUAUCUA